AGCAAAUCAAAAUGUCUUCGCUGGAUUGGGAUGAAUCCAGCUAUAUGGACCACCAAAUGCCACCAAUGCGCAUCGAUAAGUCGCAUCCUUUUUACACUCCACACGAUUCCUCACGUGGCUAUCGCAACAAUAACUAUAGUUCGCCCUAUGAACGUCGCUCCAAUGGGCAAUACGAUGAUCAAUCUCGUGGUCACCGUGGCCACAAAGAUGAUUACUCACGCAGAAGCAGUGAUGCAGGCAAGUAUUCGGAAUCUUUGGAUAUCAGCGAGGAUAUGGUGGGUCGCGUCAUUGGACGCAGUGGCUCCAAUAUCACACGCAUUCAGAACGAGUUCGAGGUGCGUAUUCAAGUCUUCAAGACUGAACUGAAAGUGGAGAUCAGCGGGAAUUCUAAGAACAAUGUGGCGGAUGCAAUGCAUCAUUUGCGCAAGCAACUCCAUGAUAAUGGCAACCGUGGUCGCUCCGACCGUGACUAUAACAGAUCUGGAGGUGGACAACGCAACAACAAUUACGAAUUUCGAGCUCCCGAACCGCCAGCUGAAAUACCGCUAAGCGGUGACUUGACGGGCACCAUUGAUUGGGAUGCGCUGAACAAGGCUUCGGAAGCGGCUCAGGCGGCUCGCUGGGCCAAAUGUCCACCGCUUACCAAAGACUUUUACAAGGAGUCUGCUGAGGUUGCCAAUAUGCCGGCAGAGCAAGUGCAGCGCAUGCGCUUGGAGAGCAACAACAUCACGGUUUCGCAUGUGUUUGAGGCUAAAGAGGGCGACACUCUGCCCCCCAUUCCAAAUCCGGUUUGGCGUUUUGAACAGUGCUUUGAACAGUAUCCCGAUUUGUUAGACGAAAUCAAGAAGCAGGGCUUCGAGAAGCCAUCGCCCAUUCAGUCGCAGGCUUGGCCCAUUCUUCUUAAGGGUCACGACAUGAUUGGCAUUGCCCAGACGGGUACGGGUAAGACGUUGGCGUUUCUGUUGCCCGGCAUGAUUCACACCGAGUACCAGAGCACACCACGUGGCACUCGAGGAGGUGCCAAUGUUCUCGUGCUGGCUCCCACUCGUGAACUGGCGCUUCAGAUCGAAAUGGAAGUGAAGAAGUACUCUUUUCGCGACAUGAGAGCAGUUUGUGUUUAUGGCGGCGGCAGUCGUCAGAUGCAGAUAUCGGAUGUGGAACGCGGCGCUGAGAUUAUCAUUUGUACGCCAGGUCGUCUUAACGAUCUGGUGCAAGCUGGCGUUAUCAACGUGUCGACCAUAACGUAUCUGGUGCUCGACGAAGCCGAUCGUAUGUUGGAUAUGGGCUUUGAACCGCAGAUACGUAAAGUGCUGCUCGACAUACGUCCCGAUCGUCAGACCAUUAUGACAUCGGCCACCUGGCCGCCAGGAGUGCGCCGCCUUGCCCAGAGUUAUAUGCGUAAUCCGAUUCAGGUGUGCGUCGGUUCCUUGGAUUUGGCUGCCACUCACUCGGUGCAGCAGGUAAUUGAAUUGCUGGAGGACGAUCAAGACAAAUUCCAGACGCUCAAAGCAUUUGUGAAGAACAUGAAGAAUGACGACAAGAUCAUAGUGUUUUGUGGCCGCAAAGCCCGUGCCGAUGAUCUUUCCAGUGAUCUGUCAUUGGGUGGCUUCAACACUCAGUGCAUUCACGGCAAUCGCGAGCAAAGCGAUCGCGAACAGGCUAUAGCUGACAUUAAGUCAGGCUUGGUGCGCAUUCUAGUGGCCACCGAUGUGGCAUCCCGUGGCCUCGAUAUAGAGGACAUCACACACGUUAUUAAUUAUGAUUUUCCGCGCAACAUUGAAGAGUAUGUGCAUCGUGUGGGACGCACUGGAAGAGCAGGGCGCAAAGGCACCUCGAUUAGUUUUAUUACACGCGAGGAUUGGGGAAUGGCAAAGGAGUUGAUUGCCAUUCUGGAGGAAGCCAAUCAAGAGGUGCCUGAAAAACUGCGCGACAUGGCGCAGCGUUUCUCUGCAAUGAAGGAGCGUCGCGCUGCCGAAGGAGGCGGCGGAGGUCGUGGUUUUCGAGAUGGAGGACGUGGCAGUGGAGGAGGCGGUCGUCGUGAUCGCUAUUAA